AUGCAACUGGCAACCCUAAUGAAGGAUAGUGCUAGACAGAGGAUGAUGAUAGGCUGCGCUGCGGAGGGUGCUGCUGCGCGGCCGCUUCGGACGGCGGGGCGCAAGAUGGAUUUCCUGCUGGCACACUUGGCCAUCGCCGACCUCUACGGAUGCGGGCUGGUGCUGCUCUCCCAGCUUCCGCCGGCCGACGUGGAGCCGGGGCAAGCGGCGUGGCCUGCAGAGGACUCCACUUGCCGCCUCCCUGUGGUUUCCUGGCAAGGCUCCGGGCUGCUGGCGCCCUCGCACAUGCUCGUCCUGAUCGCGAUUCGAGCGACACCACAUGGUGAGGGGCCCCGCGCACACCGCCGCUUUCUUUCCUGCCCUCCCGGGGGCGCUUUGGCGGCGCUGGGGUGGCUGCUGGCUCUGCUGCUCGCCUUGCCGCAAGCCUUCGUCUAUCGGCUGGCACCUCUUCGAGUCCGGGGGCCGUUGCCUCAGCAUCUCUUCGCACAGCGGCCCCGCUGGCACGGCCAGACCUACGCCGUGUACUGGGCCAUCGCGGGCUUCGUGGCGCCCGCCUGCCUCCUGGGGGACUGCGGCCGCAUCCUCAGCACGCUCGGCGGCGCACCCGGCGCCAAGGACGACGACGACGCCGAGCCUCCGCGGGCGCCUGCGCCGCGGAGUCUGCCCCGCGCGCGGGCCCGGGCGCUGCAGCUAACGCUGGCGCUGGCCACGCUGUUCGCGCUCUGCGGCUUCCCGCGCUUUCUCCUGGAGCUCGCCUUGGCCUUCGCCUCCUCGGAGAGCGCGCGGCGGCGGCGCCGACGAAGCGCGGGCGGCCCUGGGGAGCAUCAUUGGCGGCCACCAACAGCGCCCUCAACCCCUACGUGUGCCUCUUGUUCCACAGCCACGGCCCGUGGGCGCGGCGCCUCCAGCGCCGGCUGUGCCGCUGCCCUAACGGGCAACCCGACGGCGGGCUCGCCACCGGCAUCGCCCGCCGCCGCCGCAAGCGGCUGCCGAGCGCCCUGGACGCUGGCUGUGUCCUUGCCAGACCAAGCCGCCCACCGUCUCCACGGUCGUCCACCUCGAGGCGGGGGUGAGACGCCGCUCUCUGCCGCUUGCGAAAGCGGCUUCUAA